ACUAACUACACAGCGCCGAAGUGUGUAUUGCAUAUCUGUAUUUCAUUAAUUAAUCCUUCCAAACCUAAACCAAAAGAAUCCUUAAAACGAAAACCUACCCGGUGAAACAGGGAAUUUUUCCGUUUCGGGAUAUUCCUAAAGCUCCGGGGAGAGGAAUGAGCAUAUGUGUGUAUGUAUGUAUGUAUGUAUGUGAAUGCGCAUUUAUACCAGCCGCACCGAUAACCUAGCGGUUCGGGAAUCAGGACUGGAUUUAAUUCGGUCCCUACUUGCAGUUUCCGCAUCCAAUUUGUCGGUUUUUUUUUUUUUUUUUUUAUGCGUUUGUUUGUGGUGUUUUUGUAUCUGGGUUUGAUUUCCUUUCAUUUUUGGGGGCGAUCGAGUGGGGAAAUUGGUUUCAGGAGGAUUUUGAUUGAGGGAGAUUUGUGUUUUUUCUGUUUUGAUUGAAUUUUGGAUGAGUGAUUGGGGGGUGGUGUUGAAGCGUGAAGUGAUAUUUUGAGCUCGGGAGAAAUGAGUGGCAACGAGAGGCAGUCGGUGAGUGUUCGAGACCUAGUGGAGGAAGCUAAGAAGCGAGUGGUUUUUCUGGUUGUAUCUGUGGUUGGACUGUCCUACCUCAUGUCAUUGACGAGUCCAUCUGUUCUAGUCAACCUGCCUUGUGCUCUAAUCUUAAUAGUCAUAGCUCGCUAUUUGUCUCUGGAUUUUGAUAUGCGGAGGAAAGCCAUGACUUACAAAGGCAAACAACCACCUGAAACCAGUUCAUCCAGAAAGCCUUUAAAGAUCCCCACAAUUCCACCUGAAAGGUCUGACUGGAAGCUUAAGGUGAAUUCUCCGGUUGUUGAGGAUGCUAUUGAUCAGUUCACCAGACAUAUUGUCUCUGAGUGGGUGACAGAUUUGUGGUACUCACGCAUAACCCCCGAUAGACAAGUUCCAGAAGAGCUUGUACUGAUUAUAAAUGGUGUACUAGGAGAAAUUUCAAGCCGCAUGAGAAAUAUUAAUCUCAUUGAUCUUUUAACAAGGGAUAUUAUCGACAUACUAUGUAAUCGGCUGGAGCUCUUUCGUGAAAGUAAGGCAAAGAUUGAAAAGCAUCACUCCAGAUCAUUAACCAUUGAGGAGCAUGAUGAAAGAUUGAAAGCUGUUUUGGCAACCGAGUACAAAUUGCAUCCUAUAACUUUUUCAGCUGAGUCUGAGCACAAGGUUCUUCAGCAUGUUAUGGAUGGCCUUAUUUUGCUUACAUUUAAGCACGAGGAUAUGCAGUGCUCCCUUUUCCGUUAUGUUGUUAGGGAACUCCUUGCUUGUGUGGUAAUUAGACCGGUGCUAAAUCUUGCUAACCCAAGGUUUAUUAAUGAGAGAAUUGAAUCUCUAGUUGUUUCUGCUAGAAGAAAUAGCAAAGGAAAUACUGCAACAAGCAAAGAAUCACAACCUAAGAUAAGCACAUCUCCAAAAACUUCUUCUGAUCUGUCUUUGCAGUUUCCAGAUCCUUCCAUUAAGGGGGUUGAGUUAGUGCAAUUGAAGAAGGAUCAAAGUAACAAGUCAGAUAAUACUAAUGGAGAUCUUCUUUCAAAGGAUCCAUUGCUUUCCAUGGAUACACGAUCCACCCGCUCUUGGAGUGCUUUGCCAGACACUCAUGGCAGUGAAGUGAAAGGUAUUCAACGACAUCGCUCUGGGGGGGAAUGGGGAGAUAAGCUAGAUGAUUUCUCACGAAGAAAAACUGAAGCCCUGGCUCCAGAGCAUUUCGAUAAUAUGUGGACUAAGGGAAGACACUAUAAAAAGAAUGAAGAUGCUAACCAGGUGACUGAUCCAACGCAUGGAAACUCAUUAGUGGGAGCAUCUAAUCCUGUCGAGUCAUCUAAGGUUCCUUCUGAAGUGAAGCAAAAACAGUUAGGCACAGUGACAGGUGGCUUGAAGAAAGAUAUAUCCAGUUCUGGAUAUAAUAAAGACACGACAAGCAAUGACAAUACUAGUAUGCACAACAACGCCUCAAAUGAGAGUGGCAUGUUACCUUUAUGUGAAGAAGAGGAUCUUCAAAGUUCUUCUAAUGAGGAUGAAUCCUGGAGCAGUGAUUAUACUGAGGAGGAUGACUCUAGCAGUGCUAUGGGUCUUGACUCACCCGGCGUCAAAGUUUGGGAUGGUAAAAAUAAGAGAAACUACAGCCACAUUCAUCAUCCCCUUGAAACUUUUGAUAAACACAAGAACAAAACAAGAAGAAAAAACCAUCUCCCCACUAAUAGAUUGCACAGAACGAAAUCUGCAAAGAAAAGAUCUAAACCUAGUAGUAGUCAUAAUGGGGAUGUCUGGCAAGAGGUCGAAAGGUCAAGCUUUUUGUUAGGUGAUGGACAGGAUGUAUUAAAUUCUCCUCGAGUUAUUGACAGAUCUGGGGACUCGAGUGAGGACUCUGAGUCAGAGUUGUUGGGUAGAAUUGCUAGUGGGGCUGCAACUUCAUCAUCUAUUUCCUUGUCUUCAUUACCUGAAAAUCAGAUUUUAGCUGCCAGUUCAGCAAAAACUUCAUUAAUUGCUGAUUCUUAUUUCCAACUGAGAUGUGAGGUAUUGGGCGCUAAUAUUGUGAAAGGUGGAUCCAAAACGUUUGCAGUGUAUUGCAUAGCUGUGACGGACUUAAACAAUCACAGUUGGUCUAUCAAAAGACGAUUCCAACAUUUUGUUGAGUUACAUAGGCGUCUUAAAGCGUUUCGAGACUAUGAUCUCCAUCUGCCGCCAAAGCAUUUCCUGUCAACUGGUCUAGAUUUGUUAGUCAUUCAAGAGCGAUGUAAUCUACUUGAUCAGUAUUUGAAGAAACUUCUGCAGCUACCAACUGUUUCCUGCUCCAUUGAAGUUUGGGAUUUCCUUAGUGUUGAUUCUCAGAUGUAUGUAUUUUCAGAUUCAUUAUCCAUAAUUGACACUAUUUCAGUGGAUCGUGAUGAAUCGCUAGGUGACAAGAGCAAGGACUACCGCGGUAAUGUGGGGUCAGCAAGUGAUCCAUUGUCUUCCAAAAGAGAUCAUUUCAGUAACACAAACCAAAAUUCGUCAUCCCAAAUAAAAGGCAGCCAGGUUCUUGGUGAGUCAGCAUUGAUAACAAAAGGUCAAGGACUUCCUUCAACCAGAAAGGCUGAAAAAGAAUUCAAAUCCAAUGGUGGCUCAGAAAAUACAGAUAAAAAGAAUGUACAAACCCCGAGAAACUUGGAGACUGCUAACAGUGACCAACAAGAAUCACCUGUGGCAAUCAACAAUUCCCCUGAUCCAACCAUUCCCAGUGAGUGGGUACCUCCAAGCCUAAGCGUUCCCAUAUUGAAUUUGGUUGAUGUCAUUUUACAACUCAAAGAUGGUGGAUGGAUCAGGAGAAAAGCUUUUUGGGUUGCUAAGCAAGUUUUGCAAUUGGGAAUGGGAGAUGCCUUUGAUGAUUGGCUGAUUGAGAAAAUCCAGCAUCUACGCAGGGGACCUGUGGUUGCUUCUGGCAUCAACCGGUUGGAGCAGAUACUAUGGCCUGAUGGAAUAUUCAUAACAAAACACCCAAGGCGGCAGCAACCACUGCCACCGCCUGAUAGCCCAUCCAAAGGUUCUCCUGGGGGUAAACCUCCCACACCACAUUCUUCGCCGAAAGUAACAGAUGCUUUGAAGCUGGAGGAAAUGCAAAGGAGGGAAGCAGAACGGCGUGCCAAAUUUGUUUAUGAACUGAUGAUUGAUAAAGCCCCCGCUGCUAUAGUAGGCCUUGUUGGGCAUAAGGAAUAUGAACAAUGUGCAAAGGAUUUAUACUACUUCAUUCAGUCGCCUGUUUUCAUGAAGCAGGUCGGUUUCGACCUCCUUGAGGUGCUGCUGGUGUCCUCAUUUCCAGAACUUGAUUCUACUUUUAAAGAGUUAGUUCGAGAGAAAGACAAGUUCGGCGUUCCCAAACCGAAUUAAAGAUUGAAAGGUAAAAGCAAAUUUGCAUCUUCUUGUCUGAAGAGUUAGUUGCCAUAAAGAUUUGGUUCAAUUCAAGUACAUACAUAGCUUUGCUCCAUUGAUACACACACACAUGCUUCGAGUAUAUAACAACAUUCUACUUUGUCCUCG